AUGACGCUCGCCAUAGCCGUGUCCACCGAGCUCCCAACGCCUCACCGACGCGCCCACGAGUUCCGCCUCGUCCCUCUCUUCCUCCUCACCGAGCCACCCAACGCCGAAAGCCCCUGGAAGCCGCAAGCCCCGCCGUUCCCCUCGUCGGCCAACGAAGAUCGUCGCCGUCGAUUUGCUGCCUCCGAUUACACUAAUUUUAACUCCGAGUACCUCAUCCACUUUGGCAUCGACACGCCGCGCCCGCAGCAUGUGGCGCUGACGCUCGACACCGGCAGCGACCUCAUCUGGACGCAGUGCUUCUGCCAGGUCUGCUUCCCACAGCCGUUCCCGGAGCUGGAUACCUCCGCCUCCGGCACAGCCCGCGGCGUCUCCUGCUUUGACCCCCUCUGCGUGCAGGGGGGCUUCUCGCUCUCCGGGUGCGCCGUCGGCGACAACUCCUGCGUCUACACCGACUCGUACGGCGACAACUCGAUCACGACGGGGAGGAUGUACCAAGACACCUUCACCUUCCAGCAGGCGGCCAACGGCAAGGUCGCGGUCGUGCCCAACCUCCGGUUUGGUUGCGGCAUGUUCAACACCGGGACCUUUGGAUCAAACGAGUCCGGCAUCGCCGGCUUCGGCCGGGGGGUGUUGUCUCUGCCGUCACAACUCAAGGUCGGCAGGUUCUCCCACUGCUUCACCACCAUCGUGGAGUCCAGGCCCAGCCCCGUGUUCCUGGGCACGCCGGACAACCUCGAAGCGCAGGCCACGGGACCUAUCCAAUCCACCCAGCUGGUGCGGAACCCCAAAUCCAAUCACUACUACCUUUCGCUCAAAGGCAUCACCGUCGGCAAGACGCGGCUGCCCUUUGACGCGUCGGCGUUCGCGCUCAAGGGCGACGGCUCCGGCGGGACGAUCAUCGACUCCGGCUCGGCCCUGACGAGCUUCCCGGAGGCCGUGUACCGGAGCCUCGUGGAGGCGUUCGAGUCGCAGGUGCCGCUGCCAGUCAACAAAAACAACACCGCCGAGCACGUUGGCUUGUUGUGCUUCACCGUCUCGCCGAAGAAGAAGGAGACCGCGAUGCCGAAGCUGAUCCUCCACCUGGAGGGCGCGGACUGGGACCUCCCACGGGAGAACUACGUGAUGUACACCGAGGAGGACGGGCUGUGCGUGGUGGUAAAUUCGGCGGGCGAGGACAGCAGGUCGCUCAUAGGCAACUUCCAGCAGCAGAACACGCACGUCGUCUACGACCUGGAGCACAAUAUGCUGCUCUUCGUGCCCGCGCGCUGCGACAAGCUCCUGUGAUACGGAUACGUCAACGUACGUGUGUAUUGUGUAUCGUUCUACGUAUGUAUGUACGUAUGUACUGGUCACAUACGUUUACCGGCACUAAGAACGCGUGAAAAGGAACAACCGUUCUCUACGUACCAGUGCUAAAUAAACAAGGUAAGAAACUAAGCUAGUGUUUGUUUAU